AUGGCUCGCGACGAUCUUGGCAUGCCAUGUGGUCGGGAUCUCUCAGUUGUUGAAGAAAAAUUAGUUGCAGCAAUAAAGGUAUUUAAAGAUCAAAGGUUAAGUAGCAGUAAGCAUUUUGGGGAAGAGGUGAAAACCAAUUGUUCAAAAGAGUUCAUGGAUGCUCUGCAAACGUUGAGCUCAAAUAAGGACUUGUUCUUGAAACUACUACAAGAUCCUAAUUCUGUACUAGUGAAGCAGAUGCAAAACUUGGAUGAUGCUCAAUUAGACGAAGACCAGAAACAGGGUUCUUUGAUGGGAUCUGGUUUGUCUAAGGAGAAGCUAAUCAACUAG